AAAUCCUGCCCUUUUUUAGGACAAGCCUAACGUCCCCAAGAAAUACAAAUAAAACCCAAUAAACAAAUAAAACUCCUAAACAACGUAUGUAUAUACUUUAUAAGUUGAUUCAGUCUCUGCUGUGUCCUAUUGCUUUUUGUGAUUCAGGUUAGUUUGUUUUGGAAAUAUAAUGAGUGCAUACGUUGGAAUGUCUCUUUCUAAGCAAACGCAAGACGCCUCCUCUUGUAGAAUGCACACUUUUGGCAACUAUGGAUCACUCUCUGAGUUCCACCAGUCCAAUUACGCGUACGAAGGGCUUGAUCUCAGCGGAUCCUUCACUUCUCAAAUCCCCUCCGAUUCUUUGAAACGGGAGGCGAUAAACACAACCGACCGUGCAAGGAUCAGUGCAGCAAUUCAGCGACCACAGUCCUGUUUGGCUCUGGGCUCUCGCUUCGUAAGCACUCGCGGGUACAGCCCCCUCAGUCACGGACUGUUGAGCCAAAAAGCCGAGGGGAAUAUGGAAGUUAUGGAGAAGCCCAGCGGCAACAGCCGUACAGGCGAUAUCAAAAUGGAGACUACUUCGGCGAUAAAGCAACAAACUAAUUCAACUCAGUCUCAGCGUCAGAACCAGUCGCAGCCGCAGAUAUAUCCGUGGAUGACAAAACUACACAUAAGCCACGAAUCUGACGGUAAAAGGUCACGAACCAGUUACACCCGCUACCAGACUCUGGAGUUGGAGAAAGAGUUCCAUUUCAACCGAUACCUCACACGUCGCAGACGUAUUGAGAUUGCCAAUAACCUCUGCUUGAACGAGCGCCAAAUUAAAAUUUGGUUCCAGAACCGUCGCAUGAAGUGGAAGAAGGACUCAAAGUCGAAAGUGAAAGGAGGACCAUAAAUAAUGUGUUGUACGGCUUCAACAGUCUGAAAAUAAAGACAAGGUUAAUUUUUACUGAAAUAAACUAAUUAAAAUAGAGUUUUCUGUUCCACAACAGUUGAUAAUGUCUUUCAUUUGUCUACAAUACCAUGCUGUUAUGUGAAUAUGUCCACAUUUGCAAUAUUUAUUGGUAGUGUCCCCUCCAAAGGGUUGGUCCCCUCACUAUAGUGCGGGAAGUGCUUAUUUGAAUUAUGUAUGUUCUGAAACUUUGUUUGAAUGUGCUUUGCUAAAAUCGGUUGUAACUAUAGUCUUUCCAUAAUAUACCAAGCCAGGCCUGCAUCCAAUUAAAAUGACUUAAAUGUAAAUGCAAAUAAUGUGGUCUAUAAGCUGGAACAUUCAUCAAUAUGCCAACUGUAUUUUGCAUUUUGAUGGGACUUUUCUUUUUAUCUAUUGUACUGUCUCUCCUAAAUACAUUAACUAUAAUAUCCACACAAUGCUAAUAGGGCAACAACUAUAAUGUCAUAUUAAUGGUUGUGUGUCAUAUUAUCUGUUAGCCUGGAGCCUAUGGUUAUUUUCUCUUGGGGAUUAUGUCUGUUCAAAUACUGUACAAUCAGAACAUUUAUUCUUUUGUUGUAAAUGGUUCCUUUGGGCUAAUUUUAAGGCAGGUAGCAUCCACUUUUGUUAGACUCGUCAGUGGUAUAUAUGCCACGCUGUAGCCACUAAUGAGUGCUUAUUGACACAUCUUAAUCCAAACAUGCUACACGACCUACUGUACUUUUGUGUGAACCGGAUUUGCUAAUUGUAAUUAAAAUACAAAUCCAGUUUUUGUGUUAUUCCAAUCGUUGUGGGUUGUUUUUUUGUUUGUUUUUUUUUUUUUUUUUUUUUUUCGAGUUUCUCUGGUACGCCACAUGAAUACAUUUCCAGUCCCUAAUCAGUUAUUCACUGUUAAAUGGCUAAACAUGCCAAAACAGUGGCAACAUGUCACCCAUUUUCGUUAGCUCUAUCUUUAAACCCAUCUAUGUCCAAUAAAACAAUGUAGUUAUAAUGUAAAUAAACUUGUUGAAACUUCAGAAGAUCAGAUUGUGAACAUUAUUUUGUUUGUUUAAAACAGUAGGAACAAAAGUGAAAAUUGGUCUGUCGUUUAAAAAUGCUUACACUUUUUGUUUUGCGUGCAGAGUUAAGGGGGAAAAAACCGUUCUGUGCAGUAUAACUAUUAAUAUGAUUUUGAUCAUUAUUCGUGUAUCCAUCGAGGACCCGCCUUCAUGUGUAUACUUCCAGUGAUGAGGCAUGAUUGAGCUUUAACACUCUGGCCACUUAUUUACAGUAGCCCUAGACGGAGGCACAUAAAACUUUAUGACCCCAAUAAACUUUUACAGCGCUUCCUCUCACCCAUCAGAAACUGACAACUGUUUCCUCUUUUCACAAACCGGCGGAAGUUUACACAAACAUUUCAAAGUGACGUUUUGGUAUAAAACCCUAAACAAGAGAAUGGUGUGCAUAUGUAAUCAAGUA